GAUCCCCUCCAGCCCAACCUGAGGGGAGCACCGCCGGGUCUUGCGUUGCCAGAGCAGUCUUUCUCUCUAGUUCCGGGCUAGAGUUGGCUUGAUAGAAUCGGAACUGAUUCCAUCCUCCACAUAAACGUCACUAACACCCCAAAUCUGUCCUGGAGUGCCCCUGGACGUGCCUCAUCUUUCUUUCCUUUUCCCUCUUCCGAUUUCGUCUCUGCCAACCACGUCCCCUCCCCCCCCCACACACACCCGCAGGGGAGGGAGGCUUCUUUAUACCGACAUUGACCGCUACCCUAAUUUUCCAGUCACUUGCGGAAUCUGGCAAAUCUUCAAGUAUGGGGGAAAGCGUCGAGGCUCGUUCCCUUGCCUCGCUUAACUACCUGGCCGGCAACCCUCCUAAGUAUCCUAGAAAGCCAAAUGAGGAAAAGCAGGAUCCCGUCACGCUAUAUAUCUCGAGGGUGCCUGGCACGAGAGGUAGGCCAGGAAAACAGAACCAUCGACUCCGUGCAAUCUAACAUAUAGCUCCUAGACAUAAUCCUCUCGACGCAGAAACCACAGGUGAAGAAUGUGACGGCAGAAGAUGUGGCCAGUUCGCUGUAUUACGUUCACGUGGACAACCUCGAGGAUGCCACUCUUGUGUCAUCUACAAGCCAAGUCAUGCCGCCUGCCCUGACUCCUAGAACGAGCGGGGAGAGCUCACGAUCUGGCAAUCUGAUCCCGAGGAAGCCGGUGCCCGGCUCCUCAAACCUAGCAUCGUCGCGAUUAAACGAGGUCGUGCCGCCGCCUAUCCCCGGAAAGGAAAAUCAAGGCCCCGGCGGCCCGGCUCAGACGACGCUACGAUCUCCAGCAUCUCCGACCGAGCCGGCACCAUUACCCUAUCAAAGAGCUACGAGUUCGCAGCCGGAAACACCGCCGGGGCCUGCUCAACGGGUGCCUCUAGGACCUAGGCUUGCGACAGCGGAUUCUUUAGAGAGGCAUCCCCCGCAAGCACUGGGCCAUGGCCGGGCGCCGAGUUAUCCGUCAAGGCCGCCGCCACUUCCCCCGAGACAUAGCGAACUACCGGUAUCACCGCCAUUUACCGAUCCGCUUUCUCCCACUUCCAACGAGGGUCGAUCGCCGUCACCUACGAAAGUACGUCCCUUCACGCCCUUCUCCCUAACGCUAAUCCGGAGAGACCCGAGUUCGGGACAGCAGUGGAAUGUCGGAAAGGUUGCAUCUCUUCGACAGGAGAACCCGGACUCGCUCACCAACGACGAAAAGUAUCACCAAGCCCUCUGCCCUUCGGUUGUCGUGCACCUGGAGGCCUCGGGAUACGCCAAGUUCCGCGGCAUGCCGACUAACCCGAACACAGAUAUGAGGGACCUCAGAGAGAUCAGGGCUAGCCUGGAUUUGCGUCCCGGAAGCGCGUCAUCUUCUGCCACGCGGUUGCAGAUGCUAGAGUCCCUCGGACCUCAGACGGGCUCGAAUGCGUUCGAGCGUCAAGUUGUGAUGGCCUAUUCGAAAUCAUUCGCUGCCAACUUGCGUGACAAAUUUCAUCAGCAUCGUCGUCAUCGAAGCUCGACGGAUGAGGAUCAACCGGGCUCGCCAACCCCCCACCAUCAGUACCACGAUCGUAGCGGCAGCACGGCGUCAGCGGGCUCGUUUGGCGGCGACCUCGACGGUGAGGCUCCGGUGUCUACGCAGCCGGCGUUGGGCCUCAAGCCCCGAGGCUACAUGUUCUAUAGCCCGUGGGGCGGCCGGUGCCAAUUCCUGACGGGCAACGCCGGCCGGAGUCUCAAGUGCCGACACAUCCUGCCGACCUACGGCGGCGGCGUGUUCAACCCGCUCGUCGACGGGGCGGAGGCCGGCGAGGGCACGCACAAGGCCAAGGCGUACGCCGUCAGCGAGCUACGGUUCAGCUUGCCUAGCGGCGAGCUGUUACACGCCGACAAGCGACCGCCCGAGGGAGGCGUCCGUGCAAGAGACCAGCUGCAGGGCCAGCUCAACAAGGUGAUCCAGAAAGCACAGCACGGCCUAGGCUAUGACGAUGACUAUGACGACGACGACGACUGGCAUUUCGACCUGAGCCUCGGGCGCGAGAAGGCGGGCGGCGGCAACCGCGGCAAGAGGGCUAAGAUGGGGAAGCUCAUCGUGUUCGACGAGGGACUGAAGAUGCUAGAUCUAGUAGUCGCGGCGAACGUCGGGGUCUGGUGGACGGUCUGGGAGCGGAUGGCCUAAGUGCGGAGAUUCGUCUUUCUACAAUAUCGAUCGAUGGAGCCUGUCGAGCGCGGCGUUCCGGUUGUGAUGGUUGUGGGAGGUGAGGGCGAAAGAAAAAAGAAAGAAAAAAGGAGAACGAAACUGGAAAGGAAGUGAUGAUAUCUGCAUGGAAACGGGGAGAGGCCUGGGCUGCCUGGGUUAAUGGGAUGGAUUCAUGAGUCUAUGACACAUACGACCGAUCGAUUUACACAGGAAGAUAUUCAUACUACCAGCUCCUGUAGAUGGUCCACAUGAGAUACCAGGGGGCGGCGGGGAAUUCAGGCCCGGAGUCGCUCUGACGAAAUAGGAGACGCGUUGCAUUUAUCGAAGUGUUCUUGAUUCGAUUGGUGACUACUACUGAUAUACAGAUAUUACCUGCAUAUGCCCUUACA